AUGGGACAUGAGGAGCAUGGAGGGACUUGGCACAUGGACGCAGCUCAACUGGAUACGCAAAGGAAGAAGGGAGAAGCCAUCUUGAAGACCAGCUCGACCGUCUACUCGACCAACCGGUCGAGUUCCUCAACUCGACCGGCCAAGCUUCAACUCGAUCGAGCUGAGAAGUCAACAGUCAAACCCGAAAAAUGUGUAUGCGAACUCGAUCGAGUCGGUCUAGAGGACUUGGUCGAGCUAGACUUUACAACGGAGGGGAAUGGAAACCCUUUGGGCAAUGGACUCGGUCGAGCUAGGCAAACUCGACCGAUUGGUCAAGGAGAUGCUCCAAACCGCCACCAACAGAGACAAGGGAUUGUUCCACCACCAGUGCAGAACCACAACUUUGAGAUCAAGCUGGGAAUGAUCAACCUUGUCCAGAACAAGAUGUUCCAUGGAUUGCCAAGUGAAGACCCCAUUGACCACCUUGAUGAGUUUGAUAGGCUUUGUGAUUUGACAAAGAUCAAUGGUGUCUCUGAAGAUGCCAUCAAGCUGAGACUCUUUCCUAUGUCUCUAGCUGACAAAGCUCACCAAUGGGAGAAGAGCUUGCCCCAUGGCACAAUCACUACUUGGGAUGAAUGCAAGAAGGCCUUUCUUGCUAAGUUUUUCUCCACCGGUCGCACAGCCAAGCUUAGAGGAGAGAUAUCCAGCUUCAUCCAGCGAAACAAUGAGACAUUCGCAGAGGCUUGGGAGAGGUUCAAAGGGCUACACAAGUCAGUGCCCACACCAUGGAUUCAACAAUGA